UUCACUUUACGUCACAUCAUUUGAUAUUUUUCCCACUGCUCUCUCUCUCUCUCUCUAUUCAGACACAGGGUGUUGAACGUUGAAUCAGUUUUGUUUUUUCCACAUUAUAUAUGUGUCUCCUUUGAUCAUUUUUAUGCAUUUCCCUCAGAGCUUCAGCUUUUCAGAGGACCACUCAGUACUGGAUGAUAUGAGAACACCUCAGUAAACAGAGAAGUCGUCAACAUGAAGCAGUGGAGAGUCGUUUUGAUGUGUCUCACAUUAUCAUGGAGGCUACAAACAGCAUUAACCCAAACACAUGAAGUGGUUUGUCCUGGUACACAGAACGGAAUGAGCUCCACUGGCUCUCAGGAGAAUCAGUAUAACCUGAUUAAGGAGCGCUAUGACGGCUGUGAGAUUAUCAUGGGAAACCUGGAGAUCACUCAGAUUGAGAGGAACUGGGAUUUCUCCUUCCUCAAAACGAUCCGCGAGGUGACCGGCUACGUCCUCAUUGUCAUGAACCACUUUCAGGAGAUUCCUUUGGGGCAGCUGCGGAUCAUCAGAGGAAACAGCCUUUAUGAAAGACGCUUUGCCCUCGCUGUCUUCUUCAACUACCCCAAAGACGGCUCCAACGGUCUGAGGCAGCUCGGGCUCGGGAAUCUGACAGAGAUUCUGGAGGGAGGAGUGCAGAUCAUCAACAACAAGUACCUGAGUUAUGGCCCCUGGAUCUUCUGGCAAGAUAUCAUCAGGGACAGCAGCGCCGCUAUCGACAUCCGGUUCAACGGAGAGAGAGGCCCCUGCCACAAAUCCUGUGGAGAUUACUGCUGGGGGCCAAAUGGGGACCAGUGUCAGAUCCUGACUAAGACGGUGUGCGCUCCACAGUGUAACGGCCGCUGUUUUGGGACCAGCCCCAGAGACUGCUGUCAUAUAGAGUGUGCAGCAGGAUGCAAGGGGCCUCGAGACGUGGACUGCUUUGCAUGCCGUCAUUUCAACGACUCUGGAGCCUGUGUGCCUCAGUGUCCCCAGACUCUGAUCUAUAACAAACAGACGUUUCAAAUGGAGACGAAUCCUAAUGCAAAAUAUCAGUAUGGCUCCAUCUGCGUCUCUCAGUGCCCCACACAUUUUCUGGUGGACGGUAGCUCCUGCGUGAGCGUUUGUCCUCCGGACAAGAAGGAGGUGGAGAGAGAAGGCCAGAAGCAGUGCGAGCUCUGCAGUGGACUCUGCCCCAAAGUGUGUGAAGGAACAGGCGCUGAGAACAGACAGACCGUGGACGCCAGCAACAUUGACAGCUUCAUCAACUGCACCAAGAUCCAGGGCAGUCUUCACUUCCUGGUCACAGGGAUUCUUGGAGAUGACUUUAAAAACAUCCCACCACUGGAUGUCAAAAAGCUGGAGGUAUUCCACACAGUCCGAGAAAUAACAGAUAUUCUAAACAUCCAGUCAUGGCCCAAAGAGCUGACUGACCUGUCCGUGUUUUCGAGUCUCACUACAAUUCAAGGGAGGUCGCUCUACAAACGUUUUUCUCUGAUGGUGAUGCAUAUCCCCACUCUGACCUCACUGGGUCUGCGCUCCCUCCGGGAGAUCAGUGAUGGCAGCGUGUACAUCAGUCAGAACGCCAACCUCUGUUACCACCACACUGUAAACUGGACACAGCUGUUCAGAGGACGCAGAGUUCGAGUCAACAACCUUAACAACAACAGGCCGCUGGCAGAAUGUGUUGCAGAAGGCUACAUGUGCGACCCACUGUGCUCAGACUCAGGCUGCUGGGGCCCGGGGCCCGACCAGUGUCUCUCCUGUAGGAACUACAGCCGAAAUGACACGUGUGUGGGCAGCUGUAAUUUCAACGCCAGAGCUCCGAGGGAAUUUGCAGGGCCCAAUGGGGAAUGUGUUGCCUGUCAUCCAGAGUGUAAGCCUCAGCAUGGGACAGUCAGCUGUACAGGACCGGGCGCAGAUGAGUGUGUGGAAUGCGCCAACCUUCGAGAUGGUCCGUACUGCAUGUCCUCCUGUCCCACUGGUGUAAAUGAUGGACAGAAGGGACUAAUCUUCAAAUAUCCCACCAGGGAGGGUCACUGUGAAUCAUGUCACCACAACUGCACACAGGGAUGUUCAGGCCCAGGAUUGAAUGACUGUUUACAGACAGGCAGACUGUCGGUUAGCAGUGGUCAGAUCACAGGUAUAGCUCUGGGUGUGCCGGCCGGCUUGAUUUUCUGCCUGGUGUUGUUUUUCCUGGGAGUGCUGUACCACCGAGGCCUGGCAAUCCGCCGCAAGAGAGCCAUGCGGCGAUACCUGGAGAGUGGAGAGAGCUUUGAGCCGCUGGGUCCUGGAGAGAAAGGCACCAAGGUUCACGCUCGCAUUUUGAGGCCCUCAGAGCUGAAGAAACUCAAAGCUCUAGGCUCGGGAGUGUUUGGAACAGUGCACAAGGGAUUUUGGACUCCCGAGGGAGAGACUGUGAAGAUCCCUGUGGCCAUCAAGGCCAUCCAGGACAGCUCAGGUCGACAGACCUUCACUGAAAUCACUGAUCACAUGCUGUCCAUGGGCAGCCUGGACCAUCCUUACAUUGUGAGGCUGCUGGGCAUCUGUCCAGGUCCCAGUCUGCAGCUGGUGACACAGCUCAUUUUGCAGGGUUCCUUACUGGAACACAUCAGGCAUCACAAGAGCAGCCUGGACCCCCAGCGUCUGCUCAACUGGUGUGUGCAGAUUGCUAAAGGUAUGUACUACCUGGAGGAACACUGCGUCGUCCACAGGAACCUGGCGGCCCGUAACAUCCUGCUGAAGAACGACUACCAGGUCCAGAUCUCUGACUAUGGUGUGGCUGACCUCCUUUAUCCCGAUGACAAGAAAUAUGUCUACACUGACACCAAGACUCCUUUAAAAUGGAUGGCACUUGAAAGUAUCUUGUUUCGCAGAUACACUCAUCAAAGUGAUGUUUGGAGUUAUGGGGUGACAGUGUGGGAGAUGAUGUCGUUUGGAGCAGAGCCGUAUGCGUCCGUGCAUCCUCAGGAAGUGCCAAGUCUGCUGGAGAAGGGCGAGCGUCUUUCACAGCCGCACAUCUGUACCAUAGAUGUCUACAUGGUCAUGGUUAAAUGUUGGAUGAUCGAUGAAAACAUAAGGCCAACCUUCAAAGAGCUGGCCAGUGAUUUUACUCGUAUGGCAAGAGACCCACCAAGAUACCUCGUUAUCAAGCUGGAAGGAGAAGCAGCCUCAGAAGAAAUCAAUCGAAGAGGAUCCGAGCGAGGACUUCUGGAUACAGAUCUAGAAGACCCAGAUGAAGCUGGACUGGAGGACGGUUUGACGACUCCUCCCCUUCAACACUCUCCAUCUUGGAGUCUGUCCCGUUCUCGUAUUAAUUCAUACCGGAGCGGCACCUCUCAGUCUGGGCCUAUUGGAUACCUGCCAAUGACACCGAGUCCUCUCGACAGCAUCCGCCAGCUGUGGUUCCAGAGAACUCGGCUGAGCUCUGUGCGGACGCUGCCUGACAGGUCAGAGGUCAGGGGGAGUGGCAGAGAGGCGGAAUGGCACGAGGAGGUCCUGCAGAGUGCCAGUCUUUACAGGGGCAGAUUUGGCUCAGAGAGAGGUAAUCCUCGUACAGCCAUCGGCCGACACAGGAAACUCUCAACGGCAUCAACUCCAUCCUCAUACAAGGUGUGGAAGGCAGAGGAAGAGGAUGAGGUGGACCAUGACGGCUAUGUCCUGCCCGUGUCUCCUGUCUCUCCAGAGAGAGUCUCUAGAGUCUCUCAUUCUGGCCGAAGAAACCCAAGACUGAAGACUAAUCUGGCUCUGGUGGUGAAAAAUCCUUCCCAGGAAUAUGAAAUCAUGAGCAAAGAGUCUCCUCCUGGCUCAGGCAGCAGUUUCUCAUCUCACACAGUUGCCAUGUCUGGGGCCCCUUUCAGUACGACCUCACCUUUACCUUCGCCAACCUUCACGGUUUCCUCACCCGUCCAAACCACAGCAGACGUGGAAACAACAUCAAUCUCAACCGCAAGGAGCAAACAAGAGGAUGACGAUUGUGAGGACCAUAAAGACUCCAGAGAGAAAAAUCAGCAAACUGAGCGCACAGAGGAAGACCAGGAAGAGGCAGUGCAAGGAAUGGGCAGGUAUGAAUACAUGGAUAUCAGGCGCACUGACUCCUCAGAGGGAGAGGAUUCAGCAUGGGAGAGACAAACAUCUGCAACAGAGACACAGGAAACGGACCAAGCAGUGGACAUGCUGGAAAAAGAGCACCAGGGUGAAGAGGAGAGGUGCCACUACAACACUAAUAAGCACCCCACACAUCCAGAGAAUCUGAGUGGCCUGGUCAUGCCCACACCAGCUGUGCUCACAUCUGGGGAAGAGGAGGUGGAGGAGUAUGAGGAGAUGACCAGAUUUGGAGUGGUGCCCAGUGAGUGGAAUCAGUCAGACUACCAGAAUGUUCCAGUGAAGGGAAGAGCUGUUUCAGAGGAAAUGGGCGGGGGCAAGUGUGUGGGGAUCAGGGGAUACAUCAAGGUGUGUGCAGGCAUGGGGGAACCUGGCAGCAACACAUCGUUUGACAACCCAGACUACUGGCACAGCAGACUGUUCCUCAAACCAGAUGCUGUACGCACCUAAUAAUGUGGAGUGGGACAGACAUUACUUUGGCACCGGUCAUAAAUCUGCAUAGAUUUGUAAUAUUUAAAUAUGUCCGACAAGCUUUUAAAGAUAAAAAUAAUAAUGAGUAUUAAAAACAUUACACAAUUGAAUGUGAUGUUACUGCUUUAUAUGCAGUAAAUAAAUGUUUAUGAGCCAUAAAUGUGCCAAAAUACUGUUAUAACAGUAAUUUGUAGUAGGGAUGGGACAAUACCACUUUUUUGUAUCUGAUACCAAUGUCACAAACUCGA